AUGGAAUAUUCUCAGACCAAGUCUCUUGCAGCUUGUGCACAAGUUGAUUCAACUCAACAUGCAGUCUCUGACUUCAAACGACCAAUUGCAAAUUUUCGUCCUUGCAUCUGGGGACAUCUUUUCCUAAAAUAUGAUUCUGAAUCAAUGGAAAUCGAUGACAAUAUGAUGCAACAAGUACAAAUGCAAAAAGAGGAAGUGAAGAAACUUUUACUAUCUUCAAGGAAUGAUAUGGCACAAAUACUAAACCUCAUUGACUCAUUGCAACGUUUGGGAAUAUCUUAUCAAUUUGAACAUGAAAUUGAUGAAGCGUUAGAACAAAUUCACAACAAUUUUAGUGACAAUAAGGAAAUGACCUCAGAAGAAGGUGACCUUCACUUUCUUGCGUUAGUAUUUCGUUUGCUUAGGCAAAAAGGACAUCACAUGUCUUCAGAUAUAUUUGAAAAAUUCAAAAACCCUAAAGGAAACUUCAAUGAAAAGAUUUCCAAAGAUAUACAAGGAAUGUGGAGGUUGUACGAAGCCGCACAUUUAAUGAUUCAUGGUGAAGAUAUAUUAGAUGAAGCACUUGAUUUCACAUACUCUAAACUAAAUACCUUGGAAACCAAUCAAGUGAGUCCUUUUCUUGCUACACAAGUACGUCACUGCUUAAAGACACCUCUUUACAAGAGAGUUCCUAGGGUUGAGAUAAGAUGGUGGAAAAAAUCAGACUUUGUAACAAAAGUCCCUUAUGCAAGGGAUAGAGUGGUUGAGGCUUACUUUUGGCCAUUAGCCAUGUCCUAUGUGCCUAAAGAUAGCAUUGCCAGAAAGAUUGUGGCGAAAUUGAUAUCAGUUAUUUCUCUUGUAGAUGAUACUUAUGAUGCCUACGGCACAGUUGAAGAACUUGAACUAUUCACACAGGCAAUCCAGAGGUGGGAUAUCAGUCUCAUUCAAUCCCUUCCAGAGUGCAUGCAAGUUGUAUUUAAUACAAUUGUAGAAUUCUAUGAUGAAAUGGAGAGGACAAUUGUAGAGAUUGGAAAAUCAAGUUUGGUGUUGCCAUAUAUUAAACAAGAUUUUUAUAAAGUGGCACGAGCCUAUUUGGUUGAAGCAAAAUGGUGCAAAGCAGGAUAUAUUCCAACAUAUGAUGAAUACAAGGUUAAUGGAUUAGCAAGCACUUCAAUUCCAAAUUUAAUACUAACUUUUCUUGUGUUUGGAGAACUUUCAAACGAAGAGUUAGUUAAUUGGAUUUUAAACUACCCAACAAUCAUCGAUGCUGUGUCAAUUUUUGGUAGACUCACGGACGAUAUAUCCACAAAUAAGUUUGAGCACGAAAGGGUGCAUGUUGCCUCUGCAGUUGAUUGUUGCAUGAAGCAAUAUGACAUAUCACAAGAAGAGGCUUAUAAACUCAUUCUCAAGGAGAUUGAAGAUUUAUGGAGAGUUAUGAAUGAAGAGUGCCUAAAAUUACACCACAUUCCAAGGCCAGUGCUUGAAUGUAUUCUUAAUUUUGCGCGAGGAACUCACUUCAUAUACGAAGACUUUGAGGAUAAAUACACAAAUCCAGAUCUGCUCAAAGAUUACAUUGCUGCACUGCUUGUAGAUCCUAUAAGCAUCGAGCAAUGCGAGUAG